UUUAAACGGUUGGCGACCGUGGAGGCAAGUCAGUGUCGCGUCUUAGUGGGAACCAUUAGCAAGGCCCUCGUGCACUGGAACACGGCUCGCGGAGUGUAAAGCAGCCAGGAGCGACCGUCAUCCCAGCAGGGGUGCGGACGGCGUUGCGACCCGCGCGACGAACUAGGUUCGAUCGUAAAUCGCGGAGAACUCCCUUUUCGUCAAACCGUACGUGCACAAACUUCUAGAAGCCAACGGGACCUGCUGAACGGGCCGGUUGCUACCUCUGCCGCCAAUGGCGGCUUGUUUCCUCCCGGCCUGGUCAUGGACAGACGUCUUAUAACUUUACCGAGAACAACCGCAUGUGUUCGUUUGACGUCUCUAUAGCCUUUUGUAACUUAUAAUUACGGGCGACCGGUUGUUCUAUUUUAUGGGUUCCAAUUGGACAAUUGGAGCACGUGUGUUGGACUCUGUAUUUAAGGCAUACCGAUUGAGAUAGUAUACAUAAACAUGUUCUUUUGAAGCGGGAAGCUUGGCUGAAGACUGGAAGAACGAGGUAAUCUACAUUUGCAACAUCUGAUCGGACACUCGGUCGGAUCUUGUACGAUAUUCCCUGCCGAGUUUGUCAGGAUCAUUCGUCGGGGAAACAUUACGGAAUUUUUGCUUGUGAUGGCGGUGCAGCACGAGCGCGGGCCGCGCAACUCGACGCUGCGCCGGCAGAUGGCGCUGUACUUCGGCAAGGAGCCCGGCUCCCCGCCCGGGCCGUCGCUGUCCCCGCUGGCGCCGCUGCCGCCGCUGGGGCUGCAGCCGCACCUCUCGCCGCAGCCCCCAGGCGGGCACGGGCACGGCUACGGGCACGAGCAUGGGUACGGGCAUGGGCACAUGGCGGGGGCGGGGCCGGCGCUGGACCUGGCGCUGCCCAAGGCGGGCCACGGCCCCGGCCACGGCCCCGCGCGCCCCGAGCCGCUGCAGCUGCGGCCGCCCGCCGCCGCCCUCGGCUUCGCGCCGCCCCCGCACGGCCUCUUCUGCGACAACAAGCAUUUCGUUCUUAACCUUGAUAACUCGUACGAGAUUUGGCCGUCGCUAAUGGAAGUGUUCACACCUAAUAACCCUAUCCCCGCCUCCUCCUCCGAACAAGUGGAAGAUCUACGCCUGCGAGUUCUAGAAUUAGCCUUAUCUACAUCGCUCGCCUAG